AUUGUACGUAAAGAAAUAACCAUGGGGCCGAGUAGCUCUGCCGUUUUUUUCACUCUCAAAACAAUUUGCUUUGGGUUAAAGACGCAGAAUGUUUGGUGGUUUAGCUUUACAUCCACAUUAUUGAUAUUCCAUCUUAUCAAACUUCUUCAUUAGAACGUUUCCCCGGCUGUAAUGUUGGUUUAUAUAUACUAUAUAUAUACACACCCCCAUUUGCCUCUUCUUUAUCAGACCCAACUUUGCUUUCUCAACUGUGCAUCCCACCAGGCACCCACCAAACAAUAAUCCAUGGCCUCCAUUGCUGCCAUUUCUGUCCUGACCUUUGUUGUGAUUGUGGGAACUUGUGCUGCAGAUGUCGACUUACUUCAAGAUAUCUGUGUUGCUGAUCUCUCUUCUGGGAUCAAAGUGAACGGGUUUCCGUGCAAGACAAACAUAUCUGCAGCCGACUUCUUCUUCGAUGGACUUGCCAAGCCAGGCCUCACCAACACUACAUCCGGUGCGGCGGUCACUGGGGCCAAUGUCCAGAAAAUCCCAGGCCUCAACACUCUAGGAGUGUCCCUCGCCCGCGUUGACUAUGCCCCCGGUGGCCUCAAUCCGCCGCACACGCACCCUCGUGCCACCGAGAUAGUGUUUGUUCUCGAGGGCGAGCUGGACGUCGGCUUCAUUACUACCGCCAAUGUGCUGAUAUCCAAGUCCAUCAAGAAGGGAGAAAUCUUUGUUUUCCCCAAGGGGCUGGUGCACUUCCAGAAGAACAAUGGGAAAGAUGCCGCCGCAGUGAUUGCUGCAUUCAACAGCCAAUUGCCCGGAACUCAGUCUAUUGCCGCCACUCUAUUUGCGGCAACUCCAUCAGUGCCGGACAAUGUACUCACCAAGGGUUUCCAGGUUGGUACCAAGGAGGUUGACAAAAUCAAGUCUCGCUUUGCACCCAAAAAAUAAGCCAUGAUAUGAAGAGCAAAAGAAAGGGACAAUAUCAAAAUUAUAUGGUAUUCCAAGGAUAUCGGUAAGACAUUCUUUCGAAAAGGAAAAUACGAUGUAGAUAGAUAUCAAACAAGCUCGUCGAAUAAAAGUACAUGCUUAUUAUUAAAAUUCUA